AUGGCACAUGACGAAGGAAUCUAUCACUGUGCAAUCCUUGACUGGACUGAGAAUACCUGGAGAGGGAUCUAUUUGUCAAUAAAAGGAAACAACGACAGAACAAUGAACUACACAAUUGUGCAGCGGUCACGACCAGCAAAUACAGCCAGACUGGGAGAUUCUGCAACUCUGGAGUGUUCAGUUCUCUCUCACUCUAAGAAUAGGUCUUGUCCAGGAGGCCUCAGUGUGUUGUGGUUCAGAGCCAGGUCACAAAAAUCUCAGCCUGAAAUCAUUUUCACGGAUGGAAUCAACCAAGACGACUGUAGUUGGAAACAUAAGAGGAAAUGUGUUCAUAGCUUCUUUCACAAUGUCAGCAGCUCAGAGUUUGGGACGUACUACUGUGCCAUAGCCACUUGUGGAGAAAUAUUAUUUGGAAAUGGAACUGCUUUGGAAGCUGGUAAGAAUUUAGAUUUUUUUUAUUUUUAUUUGACCUAAAAUUGUAUUAAUGACUAUUUAAAUUAAUCCUUAAACACUUAUUUGUUCUUUUUUUUUCCAGAGAGAUCGUCAGACUCAGCAUUUAGCAUUGUGGUUACAGUAGUAAUUUGCCUGAUAAUUUUGGUUAUUUUACAUCUUACCAUCAUCUGUCACCAAACCCAUAAAAAAGCCAAAGAACAGAUUAAAGACAAAACAUCAAGACAUGACAAUUUCGGUCGACAAGAAGAUAAUAAUGCUGAUGAUGAAAAUGAUGUGAAAUGUGCAGCAUUGCAUUUCUUAGGAGGGAAAGAAAAGAAGCAGCUGCUAAUGGAUGAAAGUGUGUACUCACAAGUUAAAUACAACUUCUUGUCCAUGCAGUAG